AUGUCGGUCAAUCCAGUCGUCAAGUCCGCGAUGCUGAAGUCUCUUGCCAGCAUCGCGGCCCAGGUCGCCGCGAGGUGGCAUGACCCGAUCCCGCCGCCCCUAGACUGGCAGCGCGUCGUCGAGUUUGCCGUGUUUGGCCUUGUCCAAGCCCAGAUCAACACCCACUGGCAACGCCUCCUCGAGGACCUCUUCCCGACGCGCCGCCCGCAGCUCAACGAGCUCGACGAGCGCAGCUUCUCCGACAGGCCGCUGCCACCAUCACCGCGUGUAAGCGGGAUCAGCUGGCCCAACGUCAUCGGCAAGCUCUUGCUCGACCAAACCGUCGGGCUUUUCAUCAUGAACGCGGUCUUUCUCGUGUGCACCAACGCCGUGCGGUUGCAGAGCGCCGCCCUCGUGUACGAGGCAGUAUCUAGCAGAAUAUCCGACGUGAUCCGCGCGGCGUGGAAGCUGUGGCCGUGGGUGUCUUUGCUCAAUUUCCUCUACGUCCCUGUCGAGAAGAGGGUGCUUGUGGCGUCAUGUGUUGGUUUCGGAUGGAACAUGUAUCUCGCCUUUACCGUCAUGGCAAAAGAUGGUAACUAA